UUCGCUUAGCUGCAAGUCCACUCUCGCUCCCCGGUUUCUCUGAUCUGAACAGUAAAGUAGAAGAGUACUGAGCCAUGUGGACGUUGAUGACCAGCUGGUGCACACCCACCACCCUCUUCGUUGUGUUGAACUUGAUGAUCGGCACCAUCGCCGUCACUUCGCGUUUCAGUGGUCAGAGGAAUGACCAGGCACCUCAACUCCGCCGAGCUCCGUCUCUGCUGGAGAGAGUUAAAUCGUUCGACUUCUCGGCUUACAGGUAUGAGCAGCAGCCGUACUCGGAGCCCGAGGUUCACACCCAGCUCGUCCGGACUCCGUCGCUGUUGGAACGGGUCAGAUCUCUCAAUUUCUCUCUCUACGGUGCCGACCAGCCCCACCAAUCUGCAGAGGUUGGAGCCCAGGCAGAGAUACACGAGGAUGAUCAGAGCGUGGAGACGCAGCAACCCCAGCUCGCACGAACUCCGUCUCUGCUAGAACGUAUGAGGUCCAUGAAGCUCUCCCUCCACAGAUCCGACCCAUUUCCCUCCGAACCAACAUGUGGAACCCCGGAUCGAAACACGAGUCUGGGUCAGGACAUGAAGACUGAGUCGGAGAAGAAACCGGCUCCGGCGAGGCGUUCUCAGAAGAUGAAGAAGUCAGUGAGCCAGAAGGUCGCGUCCGAGCGCGUCGAGGACGUGGAUGCCGUGGAGCUCCGGCGGCCGCAGACGGUGAAAGAGACGAAAAGCAAAUUGAGUGAAACGAUGUCGUUUGGGGACGACGAAGAAGUCGACGCAAAAGCCGAUGACUUCAUCAAUCGAUUUAAGCAGCAGUUAAAGCUGCAGAGGCUCGACUCUCUCUUGCGUUACAGCAGGAGCACUUGAAAGUAAGGCCGCUUUACCAAUAUGCCCUUCUGAAAUAUGUACUUCCUACCAUAUGCGAUGGGCAUUCUCGUCAUUUUAUCUUCAUGUUCUUGUCAAUGGUGCUGCUUCACGACUGAGUAGUGACGACAAACAUGCACGUUGCAGAAUGAAAUGACUUAAAUUACCCUUGUUUUUAUAUGAUUUGGAGUUAAUGUAAUGGGUGUCCUUGUCAUUUUGUAUCAUAUGUUCCGUUUGUCAGGUCUUUCAUGUAGUACCAAAUUAAUUGAUUUUGGAAGUUUCGUGAUA